UUCGUCUCGCUGCGCUCUCGUCCUCCAUCUCUCUUCUUCAUUCUCCAGAGAUCAAACAGCAAUGGCGCUCGAAGAGCCGCUCCUCUCAUCUUCAGCACAAUUACAGAAGCAUGAAGAACAAGAACAAGAUGAAUUCGAAGAGGAAGAGGAAGAGCAAUGGUCUUCAGAUUCUGAGGUAGGAGACGCGCUGGAUUGGUUGGAUUCUAGAGAAGGGAUCGAAGGCGACGUGUCUUCCGUCUCGUUCUCCCACGUGGCAGCGAGAGGGAGGCCCAACGCCCAUGGCGGACUCCUCUCUCGGCCUCUCCAGCCCAUCUCCAAUCGAAGCCAGAAGUUCUCAUCUCGUUUUAGGGCUAACCCUUUGGAGGAGUGGGAGGGUAGGCUUAACGUGGGCAUGUCAAAUUCAGUGGCUACUGAAAUCCGAGACAGCGUUCGAGGUAUGGCCAUUGGGAGAAUCAAGAACACAGAGAAAGCAGACCGUGCCACUGUCGAGCAGGCUAUUGAUCCAAGAACUCGUAUGGUUUUGUUCAAGAUGCUUAAUCGUGGAGUUUUUCAUGAUAUUAAUGGUUGUAUUUCUACAGGGAAAGAAGCAAAUGUAUAUCAUGCAACUAGAUCUGAUGGUCAGGAACUGGCAAUUAAAGUGUACAAAACUUCUGUUCUCGUUUUCAAGGAUCGAGAUCGUUAUGUGCAAGGUGAUUAUCGUUUUAGACAUGGUUACUGUAAGCACAAUCCAAGAAAAAUGGUGAAGACCUGGGCAGAGAAAGAAAUGAGAAAUCUUUUGAGGGUAAAGGCAGCUGGAAUUAGGUGCCCAAUGCCACUUCUUUUAAGAUUACAUGUUCUGGUUAUGGAAUUCAUUGGGAAAUCUGGGUGGGCUGCACCUCGCCUAAAGGAUGCUGCUUUGUCUGAGGAUAAAUUACGUGAAAGUUAUGUAGAGAUCAUUACUGCUAUGCGCACAUUAUACCAGAAGUGUAAAUUGGUGCAUGGGGAUCUCAGCGAAUAUAAUAUACUUUAUUUUGAGGGUCACUUGUACGUCAUUGAUGUUUCUCAGUCAGUGGACCUUGAUCACCCUUUGGCCUUAGAUUUCCUACGAGAAGAUUGUCUUCAUGUCUCAGAUUUCUUUAAAAAACGUGGAGUUGCUGCCAUGACAGUUAAAGAACUAUUUGACUUUGUGAUUGAUCCAUCCAUUGCAGAUGAAGAUGUGGAUGAAUAUCUAGAAAAGGUCCAGCAGAAGGUUUUAGAAAGAGGAGAAUCAUACCAAGAGGAUACCAUUGCAUCAACGGUCUUUGUGCAGACAGUAGAUCGUGUAAAGAAUUGUGAGGAGGAGCUUACGCAGAUGGCAAUGCAUCAACGUCCUUUGGUGGGAUACAAGGACACAUCAAAAGAAAUUUAUGACAAACCUCUAAUGGACUUCAUAGAAACUAGAAAUAAGAUCGGUCAACAACAGAAGAAACUGGAGGCAACAAAACUCCGGGAGCCUCAAGAACCUGUGCAGGAUCUACAGAGAAAGUGUUCUGUACAAGACACACCUGAGAAUUCAGCAGAUGAUGACGAUGUUUCAGGCAGUGAAUCUGGAGAAGAUGAAUCAGGUUAUGAAAGUGAGAAAAAGUUGGAUCCAGAUGAAAAAAGAGCUGCUCGAAAGGAGCAUAAGAAAAAAGUGAAAGAGGAGAAGAGGGAAGCGAGGAAAACCAAAACCCCGAAGGCUGAGAAGAAACGAAGAAAGAAGCUGGCCAAAGCCAAGUGUAGCAGGUAGAACGUCUGCCCAUCUAUCUGUAGAUAUAGCUUUGACAAAUUUUGUUCUCCUAUUCGUAUUUUGCUUUAUUUGUGGAACUAAAAGUUCCAUGCUUAUUUAUUUGUGCACUUGUAUUACGAGGGAGAGGAAUUAAAUUAAAUUAUUUAAUGUUGAGAUUAUUGUGGAAUAUUUGGUGAUUUCAGAGAUAUUCGGGAGGAUAGCUCCUUGUCUUCCUUUUCUUUGC